CAGGUUAAUGGAUAAACUUCCUACCUGCUGAACCAACAGUGAAACCGACCUGCAGCCCGGAAGACACACACCACCGGAGAGGAACAGUCCAACACCGCUGCUUGAUUUAGAUUAUAGACACAUUUCAAAAGCGGUCCCUCAUGUUUUUGUGUCUGGAAGCCGGGAAAAAUACACCGAACUUCGCACGGACCUGAAGUUUCACCCACCUCUGACCGAGGAGAGGUACGGACUGUGAAGCAGGGACUCUUAGCGGGUAAACACCGGGAGAUGGACCGACACAGGUACUUCAUUUUCAACCAAAGGAACGUGCUGAUUCUGGGGAUCCUGCAGAUAGCCUGUGCCGGUCUUUGUGUGGUGUGCGGGUUCAUGGACGCUGCUUUCCGCAAGGAUACCGCGCUGAGUACCACCAGGACUCCAGUGUGGGGAGGGCUGGUGAGAUCCAUUCUUCAAUAACUAAUCGAUCACAGACUCGGUAUUCUUCUGCCAGUAUGCCUGUCGUUAAGGCAAAACUGAGUUCGCCGAUUAUUGAACGGGGUUUGGUGUGUCUUCAAUAGAGAUAACGGGCAUAUUGGGACUUCUGUUGAGGUGCCUUAGUCUGUGUUUUAACCCCCAGAUAAUAUCACUCGAUUCUGAUCAUUCUGACUUUAUUACAGAUCAUGGCCUCUCCAGGGGUUCUGGCACUGUUUGCCUCCCAGAGAAAAAACCCAGUACUGGUAAGUGUUAGGGGUCUCUGUUUCUUUUUUGUACAUAGUAAGUCAAGGUAGAAGUUUACCUUCAAGCUCAGCCAUUUGUUGAGAUACUCCUGGCCAGAUUUUACUCCAGAACAAGUAAGAGUUGUCCAAGCAUUACCAGAGUUUAGGUACUACUUGAUUUUAAAGUUCCUGUGAGCAACUUUCAGCUUGUAUCCAUUUUGGCGCCCCCUAUGUACAAAGCAGUCUUUGCUUAUCUUCUUCCUUACCUAAGUAGUCUCCACGGCAAGUGAAAAAAAAAAAAUCAUUCUGACCUGUGACAGUCACAUUUGUGGUUGAUUGUGAAUGUUUCAUAUGACGGCAGCGACAACAUGGCUGUUUUUUUAGCUGUUUGGCUAACAGCACAUGUUUUAUGCAUUCAAAAUUACAAUAAAAAACCUGAUCGAUCUGGUUACUGAUGGUCAUUUGCUUCAAUAGAUCAUAAAAAGGCGUCGGUAUGAAUUAAAGUCUGUUUCACUGAUGUUGAAAACUCCCCACAGGAGCUUUAAUGAUACAAACAAGAAACUACUUCUUAAAAAAAAUAAAUAAAUAAAUCUCAAAACAUUGUAUUUGCACAACGCAUGGGAACAGUCAAGUAGAAAAACAGCUCUGAACUAAGAGGAACAAUUAGAGGAAGGACCUGCCAGAGAAUAAAAAACAGCAGCUGAGAUGAAUUCAGAUGACUUCAAUAAAUUUAGCAUGUACCUCAACAUGUUUUAGGGUUUGGCUGCUUUUCUUUUAAGGAGGAAAGGGAGGGUAGGCUUUAUUUACCUUGUUAAACAAAAUGAGCAGGACACAGCAGAUGGUACAAUACUAUUGAGUCUCAAUGAUCAUAUUUGUUUAGAAUUAAAAUUGUGCGCUGUGCAGUCUGACCUGGUGGGGCUUUUGAACAAGCGUGCAGACAUCUUUUUUUUUUUUUUCAAAAAGAACAAGUGUGCAGAAAGUAUUUGUUCAGCUUCCUCAUAAAAGGAAAUCCACCUUGAGUGUUUUGAGCCUCACUCUAUAUAACUAAAUGUCUGCUGAGAUUGUUAUAUUAUGAGCUGCUCUGCAUGUUGAUAUUCAGUCUAAAAUAGCUUGCAUGUCUCUGUAUGUUCUGUGGCCAUUCAAUACUCUAAAUCACAUGUGUUAUGCUGCUGGAGAAGUAUGAUUAAGGGGAAAACAUGCAAGGUAUCUUUUAUAUCAUCAGAAUUUAUACAAUUUUAACAUGACAUUGUUGGCUGACCGUAAGAAUUUCCAAAGAUUGAGGAGAAUAGUUAGUUUGCAUCCUGAGUAUCCAAACUUGAGGACUUCCUCUUCUUUCGAUAUUUCAAUCAUAAUUGCAAUUCUCCUCUGAAACAGUAAAGAACAUCCAAACCAGCAGCAUAAUUUUGUUGGUUAAUCUUUAUUAUAUAAAACUGUAUUAUUGGAGUUAUAAAUAACAAAACACCCCAUUAUUGACUGAUAACUUCCUGGACUGAUGCUCUGAAUAUCGUGCAUUUCACCUCAAGGCCAAGUAACUUCACCUAGGAGCACAAGGUGCCAUCAAAUGAUGGCCCCAGGAGACUAAAGCUAGCUAAAAACAACAAGGUAAAAAUGUAGAGCAGAAAACACCCAGACAGCUUGUAGCCUACAUCAAAAUGACACCCUAAAUCAUGUCUGGCACCCAUCGUUGGAUUGCAUUUUCUGUACAGCAACAAAUAUUUGGGAUUUGAACUGGUCUGAUGUUGACAUGCGCAGAGAAUUAUUUUGGCGUUUUGUGUUACUGAUCUUGUCUCAUUGUCUCCUCAGGUGAGUGUGAUGGUGGCAGCAGCAGGACUCUCCUGUGCGGCAGCAACAUUUGUAUCAGGUUACUCCUUUCUGACACUCACCUACGGAGAGGAGGAUGAGGAGGUCUUCCACCAUCACCACAGUCCUGAAGUGGUAAUUAAACACACCUGCAGACCCUCCUGGUUUCAUGAUGACUACUCUUCUUGUCCACCUACAGUCACUUUCCACACAACUGCUGAUUGUCCUGAGUGACUUGUACACACACGGAAAGAUGUAUAUACCCUGGUGAAGUUAGUUUGGAAACUGCAGUGGGAAUCUAUAGUAAGAAAAUAAACAAUGAUAACAUUUCAAAUAUUAUUUCUGUUUCUCAGACGUUUGUGCUACAUCGCAUGGUGAAAGGAGCCAACGCCACUAUACUUCUCACCUGCACCAUCAGCUUAGCUCUUUCCUCUCUCAUUGCCUACUCUGGAUUCCGUAGUCUCCCCUGCUGUGCCUGCUAUGAUGCCCGAACUGGACUGGUAGGGACAAAUGAAAUACACACUAAGUACAGAGCAUGAAUCGGAGCAAAACUGAUUGCAGAGGGGAACAGUUAUGAAUCAUACCUACAGUUCACAGCAUCACUUCUUCUGCGAGUGCUGCAGGAAGGGAUCAAUAUUCAUUUUCUGUCCCCUGAUUUAAAUCAUCCCUCACGUAACUGUUUCCACUCAUGAAGUACCGUAACACUCAGCUGGAGUGUGAUCAGUGGUGUCUGGAAAUAGAGAGUGAGGGAUCUACUGUGAAAAACCUUUCAGCACCUUCAUCAGAGAUAUAUUUGUCAAGGACACAAAAAUAUUAACCAACAAAAUUAUAGAAACAAAGUGAUUGUGUCAAAAAGGAUUUGAUGUCUUGUGCGUGUUUCAGGAAACGCUGGUACCUCAGUGUGACCCCGGGGACACCGAGAUGGUCUGUACUUGGCAAGGUAAGAACUAACUUUAAAGAGCCAGUCCAAAUUUUUUUCAUAUACCCUCGACCAUUUUCAUCCUGUUUUAUUUUAGAGACUAUGAUCAAGGGGGAGUUUUAAUCUCAUAUCAGGUUGAUGAAAUAUUGAACAUGCGUAGGGUAAAUUUUACAACACUUCAGAAAAGACUGUCAAUUUAAAGUAUUGGGUUGAGGUCAAGUUAUUCGUGCUCUUAAAAAAAAUAGAGCAGUGGAAAAGGAAGUUUUUUUGAGUAAAGUCACUAAAAAUACUCUACUAUAUAGUAUAGUAGCGUAUAUCUCUAUACACUCUAUAGAGAUACAUUUUUAAAAAUUAAAAUAGAAGUACUCUUGCAACAUUUUAAUUUAUGUGUAUUGAGUUCAGAAAAGAUAUAGUUUACAUUUUUCUGCAUAACUGAUCAAAAAACACCUUUUUUUUGAAGAUAAUUCAAUAUUCAGAAGAGCUGAUCACCUAAAGUAGAGUUUCAGAGGCUGCUUCACAUUUCUUAUUCAAAGGCAGGUCUGCCCCUCAAAAUAAAACAUUGACCAACCUCUCGUGAGACUCGACACUGAAUUUCAAAUUUUCAAACGAUAUAAGCCAUCAUCAUGAAAAUCGAAGGCUUUAAAUAGUUCAUACCACAUAUCAUAUCAUAUCACAUGUCAGAAAUAUAUUUACCUAAAAGAAAUGAAAAUAAGAAAAGUAACUUUUUCACAAUAUUCAAAUUUAUUGAAAAACUACGAUUUGACCUAAACCUGUGACUGUAUCAAAUUUAGAACUUUUUUUUUUUUCAGAAAAAAGUUGUUCUUACAAAUUUGACUAAAUUCUCAUUAAAUAAUAAACCUUUAUUUGUUUUUUUCUUUAAAUCCUCUAAAAUGUUCUCCCUCUGUAAGGUAUCCCUAAUACUGUCAUUACAUUUUUCAGGUUUUGUCUCAAAUAUUCAAUCUUGUUAGAAAUUGGUUCAAAAAAUUAAAGAAUUCAAUUUGUUCAUCAAUUUCAGGUACUCAGGAAAAAGAAAGAAAGGGAACAAGUAAACAGUCCAGAGUAGAAUAAAAUAACAUUUUAUAGAUACAUGUUGAAGUAGUUCUCUUCUGUGUCCAGCAGGGGGUGAUGACAGACUUUUCAAUUCUCCAGCUCAAUCUGCAGCCCAGGCUACCACUGAGGAAGAGGGGGGGUCCUCCAAACUGCCUCCAUACAGCAGACUGACCUGACAGCAAGUCCACGUUAGAGACUUAUCCAACACAUAUUAAUAUUGUCUUAAUCUCAGAGCAGAGGGGAAUAAUUAUGGAUCAUAUUUCUACAGAGCUGAACUGACACAUUUGUGUUUCUGCAGAUUGCUGGAGAGGAAGAGGGUGAACAUUAGAAAAGAGAUGAAAAAGAUGUAUAGAGCUGUUUCAGAGGAAGAUGAGUGGUUGAUCAGAUUUAGCACUUUUGACUGUAGCAGUGUCUACAUUUGCUCUUUAACCAAAGAUUUCUGUGUUUUUUUUCACUUUGCCAAUACCUGUAUGCGUUCAGACUGAAACAUUUAAUUCUGUGCAUGCUGUUUGAAACUGACGUUUUUAUGUGUAGUUAAUAAAGGAGACCUCACUUAGCUGCUGAUCUGAUGCAUCAAAAGGAAAUACAACACAUUUUGAAGGUUCGAGGUUGUUUACUGCAAUGUUAUACACACACACAAAAGAAAAAAAAAAACAUUGCAAGUGUCUCCCUUUUUCACACACACCAUUUCAUUUGUGACUUAUUGAGUUUAUAUUAUUUUGUAACUUAGAUUUUCUCUCCAGAGUAUUUGCUGUUAGAGAUACAGUAGUGUUUCUUGUUCAUGGCUGUUGUCAAGAAAAGUAAGGCAAAUGAAAUCACCAUUGAGUCAGUGUGAAGGCUAUUUAUCAAAAACAAAGGACACUUAAAGAACAGAAGAAAGCAGCCAACAAAUGUAAAACAGUAAAACACCCUUGUGUUGUCCUCAGAGAUGCAGCAAGCACAGUUUCUUUCUCUGCGUCUGAUUUUCACCCAUGUGCAUAGCCACUGAACGGUGAGUCCUGAGAGAAGGCCUUUUGGUUUGAUUGAUACUCCAGAUCCUUCAAAAAGACAGUAAUGUUCAGCAGAGGAGCCACAGGACCAGCUGUGACCACAACAAAACCACUAAGACGAAGCUGUCAAACGGCAGACACCAGCCUAUGGUGAGUCAUGGCUUACACAGACAUGAAACAUUGUGAGCUUUUAGCAUACAGAGGUGUUAGCAGACAUGCGGAGUAUUAAAUCACAAGAAUAUACAGGAUAUGUAGGAGGUUAAGAAGUCCGUGUGCAGAGGUACACAUAAUAAGAGGUAUGCAUUUUUAAUGUUUGAUUCACUGGUUAGCCUACACAGUACUUGAUCUUGAUUUUCUGUUAAUGCAGAACAAGCGGAAAAAAACACAAGUGUCUCUGAAGUCAUUUCCAUCCUCCUCUAAGUUUCCCCUUUAAUCCUAUCUGGAGUUCAAACUCCUGGUCACACCCAAAAGCCAUUAUCAAGUGCUAGAGAAGGAAAACAAAACGAAACAAAACUGCUGAUCCAUACAGAUUCAGAGAAGCCAGCUGUAGACGUACUACCUGAAAAAUAAAACUGCCCUGCUGCCCUUUGUACUGUUAAACUGAAUAUGAAGAACACCUUACAGAAGAAAAAGAGAUAUUUGCCCCGAUAAAAGUUAUAAAAUGAAGUUUUGAAGGGGAAAAUGAGAAGAGAAGCCAGUUGUCUGCACCAAAAUGAGGCAUUUGAAUCAUUUUGUGAAGUUAUCCUGCAGAUUUCAUGUAUCACUGAACACUCAAUCUUUUAACACAUUUAACACCACAUUAUCAUAGAGCUCAGGGUUCUGAAUCCACCUGUACAGACACCUGCAAUGUUGUUGAACCUCAGCUGUUGAGUUCAACUUCACAAAAUGAUCCAUGUUCCUUAUUUUAGUGCACAUGGCUAAUUUCACGCUACAUGCCAAUUUCUUUUUAAUCACUGCUUACAAUUACCUCUAUUCUUACAAAAAUUUCAAUUUAAUUUUUGUGUGAUCACAACUUCAAGGUCAAAUUACAGAUUAUG